AUGGCUGGUAACAUGAGUACACCAAGAAGCCAACACACAGCAUCCUUAUUGUUAAAUGGAAAUGUAUUAAUCAGUGGAGGAUUCAAUGGAGUCACUCUCAACAUUGCUGAAUUGUAUAAUCCAACAGCAGAAAUUUGGACAACUACUGCCAACCUCACUACAGCAAGAUAUAUGCACGUGGCUGCCGUGUUAACAAACGGAAAGGUUUUAGUUACUGGAGGAAGCAAUGGUGCCUAUUUACCAAGUGCUGAAUUGUAUGAUCCUACAACAGGAAUUUGGACAAAUACUGGCAACAUGAAUGUAGCAAGAGCAUAUUUUGCAGGAUCUAUGUUACCAAACGGAAACGUUUUAGUGUGCGGCGGAUAUAAUGGAGCUGUUCUCAACACUGCUGAAUUGUAUAAUCCAGCAACGGGAAAUUGGACAUCUACUGGUAACAUGAAUUUCGCACGCAAUAAACAUGCAGUAGUUGUGUUAGCAAACGGCAAGGUGUUAGUUAGUGGUGGAAAUAGUGGUGCCUAUUUAGCAAGUGCCGAAUUGUAUGAUCCUGCGACGGGGAUUUGGACAUAUACUGGCAACAUGAGUGUUGGAUGUGAAGAAUUUACUGCUUCAGUAUUAUCCGAUGGGAAAGUGUUAGUUUGUGGGGGGGUGGGGCUUGGUUCUAGCUAUCUCAAAAGUGCUGAACUAUAUGAUCCGGCUACAGGAACUUGGACCACUACUGGAAGCAUGAAUAGUACACGGGAAUUUCAUCGAACAUCUGUAUUAUCGAACGGGCAAGUGUUAGUUUGUGGUGGAUAUAAUGGUGGCUCUCUAAAUGGUGCUGAAUUGUAUGAUCCUACAACAGGAAAUUGGUCAGUAACUGUUAGUAUGAAUUACGCACGAAAUCAUCACACAGCAACAUUAGUGAGCGAAAAGGUACUAGUGGCAGGUGGCUAUGGUGUUAGUAAUUACAUUAUGAAUGCAGAACUGUAUUCGUUUUGA